AGAUUCAUCAGCUUACUUGAUUCGCCGGAACGAACGGUUGCGGACUUGCGGCAGUCCAAUUAUCACGAUAUCGUAGCUCACAGAGAUAUUGGAAACUCUCUUAAACUUCUGGAGCAAUUUGGUUUUGUAAAACUACUCAUACAUAUGAUGCAGAUAACUAACAAAAGGAUAAUCAAUACAGAAAUUGAUAGUUGUUCGAUGUAUUUGGUCCCGCGAUUUCCACUCGUUGUUAUACAAAACUGAUUCUAUAGGUUAUUAGAUACAAUUCUUUGUAUAGAUACAAUGGAUUUGAAACCUGUUCAGAUACUUGAAAAUAAGGGUGAGAUAGUUAAAUUAGAAAAGGUGAAUAAUGGUAGUGUAGUUUUAGGUUCAAAGAGGAAAAGGGAAUCGAAUAUGGGUGAAUCAAGCAAGAGUGGAAGUUCAAUUGAUAGGAAAAGCUGCAAUGGGAAUUUAUUAGUUAACAAUUAUAAGAACUUACAAAAAAGUGGAUUGCCUCAACGAGUCCUGUUUCAUCAAAAUAACCAAUGGAUUGAUUUCCCUCUAGAUAUUAUUGGUUUGGUUCGAGAAAACUUUCAGAUGAAGAGAUCAUUGAUUGAAGUGCAAAUUCAUAACCAUCCUUCAAUUUUGGAUUUUUUCCAUAUGAUUGAAAUAGAUCUAAAGACAGGAUUGGAGAAACCAAUUGCAUGGAUUGAUGAAGCUGGUGGCUGUUUUUUUCCCCAGUUGGACUCCAUCUGUAACAGAUCAUGCACAUUUCACCUAUCCAAAUCACACAGGCAUCAGCAUCAAGAUGUAGAAGAAUCUAACACAGGCAUCAAGAAGGUUAAGAAUGGUAUUGAAAUGAAUACAAGAGAUCAAGCUGUUAAAGCUGCAGGCAGUACUAAUAUUGUUUAUCGAGGCAAUGAGGGUCGAGUCCAACACAAGAUAGGAAAUAAUAGAUUCCGCGAGGAAUCUAAUACAAGGAUUCCUUUUACUUCGCUAAUUGAAGCGAUAUCAGAUAAAAUAAACGCUAAAGAUAUGAGUUUAGUGAAGAUGCAUUAUGAGUUUUACAAGAUCAAUAAAAUAAGUAAAUUGGAAUUUGUUAAAGAGUUGAAGUUGCUUGUUGGGGACAAGUUAUUGUUAUCCUCUUUGACUAGUAACCAGUUAAAGAGGACAUAAUUCAACACCUAAGGAUACCAAAAAGGAGCCGGAGAAUUUAUUAUUGAGGUAAAAAUAAAAUAAAUAUUUUUGAUUGAGAUGAAAGUUUGUUGUUCUUGUUGCUGAUGGUUUAGGUUUGCGU